CCCCUUUUCCACGGCCUCCAAACCGUUGCCCAGUGGCGGCGAAGCGGAGAGAGUUAGCGGCGGGCCUCCUUCAACGAGAGGCGGUGCACAAAGUCGAACCUCUCACCGUCCUGAGUUCUAUCACGUACAAUGUGGAGGACAGACGUCCUGUUGUAAAGCUGUCCGUGCGUGGAGGAAUUGAAUUCGUGUUGUAGACAAAAUAAAUACAAUUUCCCGUUAACCGCCGCGGACAGCGUGGCGUGGUGGUGCUGGUGGUGGUGUUGGGGUUCCUGUGGACGGCGAUGUAAGUCCGAAGGCAAAGAGGUGAAGAUUCUAAACAAUUUUAAUACUUGGACUCGAUAAAGGUUUUGCCGAGCGCGCCGUUCCCGGCGGCGACGCGAUGAGGCCGCCCCCCCCGGCGCUCCUCUUGGUGGCACCCCUCCUGCUGCUGCAUUGGGCGCCCGCGGUGCGAUCCGGAGGGCGCCCGGAGGCCGAGUUGGAGCCGCAGGACGCCGUGGCGACCUUGGGGCUGCCGUUCACCUGGCGCUGCCGCCUGCCGCCUGGACAGCUGGGCGGCUUGGAGAGGGGCUGCACGGUGCACGACGUCGUCUGGAGGUUGGCUGGCGAGCGCCUGGGACCGCCGGAGGCGCGGCCGAGCGUCGAGGCGGCGGGCGAGACGGCCGUGGCGGCGCUGGCGGUGUCGCGCUACGCGCCCGCCGGCCUCUCCAAGCUCGUCUGCCUCCUCGACUGCACCUCGGGCGAGACGCUGCUCGCCGCGGCCGUCGUGUGCGGCGCAAGUCCUCCAGAGGUGCCCACGGGCGUGACGUACGUGAUGGGGCCUGACCUGGAUGGCGACCUGGUGUGCACCUGGGACUCCCUGCCGAAGAGCUGCCUCCCCACCAACUACACCAUCAACGUCAGCAUGCCAGGCACCACCACGACGAGCGUGCAUGCGUGCGGGACGGAUGUCACGCGCUGCAUCGUCCCGCGCGAAAACUUCAACAUCUUCAUGACCCAGACGUUCCGGCUGCUCGCCGACAGCAGUCUGGGCAGCGCGGAUCACCUCGCUGAGUUCGACCCCACAAAGUUCCUGAAAACCGACCCCCCGACGUUGGACAUGAACGACUUCCUGCUGAGCGACUACCCCCUGGUGCGCUGGAGCGCCCCGCGGGACAUCGACCCGCUUGUCGUGAAGCUGCGCUACCACCUGCGCUACCGCCCGUCCGCACUGCCCCAGCAGCUGUGGACGGACGUCCCACAGAACCUGAGCGCCACCUCGUUCGCGCUGGACCAGCUGCUCCCCCACACCACGUACAGCGUGCAGCUGCGCUGCAUCGGCGACCGUGGGCAGCUCUGGUGGAGCGACUGGGCCGAGGCGAAUGCCACCACCGCGGAAUUGGCUCCCUCCGCAGGCCCCGAGGUGUGGAGGGUCGUGACCCCGGCGGAUUCCGAGGGUCAACGCAAGGUCUUCGUCUACUGGAAGACGCUGGCGCCGAACGUCGCCCGCGGCAACGUCCUUCGCUACGCGGUCACCGCCGAGAGCGUCGACGGCCCCUUCCGCAACGCCACCGUCGUCGUGGCGACGGGCCGAUGCGGCGGCGACGCCGCGGGCACUCCGGCGGCGGGGGGCUGCAGUGCCGUGCUGGCGCUGAACGCCGGCGCCCACCGGCUCACGGUGAAGGCGCAGAACUCGGCGGGGGAGAGCCCGGCGUCGCGCGUCGGCGUGGCUGCCGUCGGAUCGCACGGACCGCCGGCUCCGAGCGCGGUGUUUGCCGGAGAGUCCGGCGACAACACCGGCGUGCUCGUCAGCUGGGCGUCCCCGGGCCACGGCGCCGACACGACGGCCCACGUGGUGACGUGGUGCCCGGUCGCGGCUGUGCCAGAGGAGUCGUGUCGAUACAACUUUCGCUGGCUGGCCGCCGGCAAGACCAGCGUGGAGCUUCGGGACGUGGUUCGAGCCGGCGAGCGUUUGGACGUUUCGGUGUUUGCGGUGCACGGCGACGGAGCGGACGUCAGCCGGCCCGUCACGGUGCAGGCCUACUGCAAGCAGCUGGUGCCGUUGCGGGGCCCCAGCGUCACCACGCAGUCCGUGACGGAGUCCGGUGCCACCGUGGAGUGGGCCGAGUUGACGGUCAACGAGAGCCGGGGAUUCAUCACCGGCUACACCGUCUACUACCGGGCCACCGACCCGCGCGGACCCGUCCACAAUGUGACGCGCAGUGCGAGCGAGCCCCGCCGGCUGGCGCUGAGCAACCUGGAGGCGGGUGCCCGCUACGUGGCGUGGGUGAGCGCCUCCUCGAGCGAAGGCGAGAGCCCCUCUGGCACGGAGCACUCCUUCGCCGUGCCCUCGUCCACGCGAUGGCUGAUCACCCUCACCACCUUGCUGUUGCUCUCGGUCAUGGUGGGCAUCGCGGUCGUCAUCGGCCUCUGGCAGCUGAGGAGACACAAGCUGCUCUUCUGGCAACACAUCCCCGAUCCUGCGGACAGCAAACUCUUCAAGUCCUUGAAUCUGGACAUGGCGCGCUCGUGCUCGGCGUUCCCCUCGGACGACGCGCUCGUGUCGCCCGUCACCGCCAUCGGCGUCUCCGGCGGCAACGGCGGCGGCGGCGGCGGCAAGCGCCGCUCGACGAUCACCGAGGCGGGCGACGCCGACCCCGACGAGGACAGCAAGUCGAGCAGCGGCGUCGGGGGCUCGUCCGGGCUGUCGACGCCUCGGUGCCCUUCGCUCACCGCCGGCGCCGACUCGGCCGCCGCGCCGGCGCCGCGAGUCAUCGUGUCCACCGGCUACUUCAAGACCCUGCCUGUCAGCUCGGGCCUCGAGAUAGUGCGGCUGGCGCCGGGCGCCGCCGGGGAGGACGACUCGGGCGAGGUGAUGGGCACGGGCGACGGGAGGGCGGAGGACGAGGAGGAGAAGGCGGCGGCGGCGGCGGCGGCGGCGGCGAUCCCGCAGGCCGUACGUUGGCAGGGAGAUGCCGAGAACGAGGAGGAGGAGGAGGAGGAGAGAUUUUCCACAUUGGACUUGCAGUGCGGUGGCGACGGUGGAGGAGGAGCAGGAUGCGGAUCGCCGCCCCCUGGCUUCAACGAUUUCUCGCACCUCAUGCCGCUGCUGUCGCCGGAUUCCGGCGCGGCGGGAUUUGGCGACGGCGGGCGGCUGAGUCUGCCGGACGACUUCGACAUCGCGAAGCUGAUCGGCGUCGGGGGUUUGUGAAUCGAAUCGCGGGCGGGCGCGGCUCCGUUCACCGGGGCGGGGGUGCAUUGAACUGCCACCGCGUGAGAGAGAGAGGCGGAGAAGCACGCGAGCCGCAUUCUUCUUCUCUCGCCGACAAACAUUGUGUGGUUUUGGAACGCGUGCCUUUCAC